GAUAACCUGAUAGAGUGAGUCUAUGUGGAAUUCCAUCGAGAAUGAAGUAUAGUUCGAUUCAUAUCAUUUCAAUAGUAGUUGGCAAGUUAUUCUCGAAAGUGAUACAGUCAGAAUGAACUGUAAAAUUGUUGUUCUGGCUUGUUUUUUAUUUGCCCUCUCUUCUAUUCAUCAUGGGGCAUGUUUUUCGAUUGGAAAUAAUCUAGAGAUUUGCCCUGACUACUCGAAAGCGGUGAAUUUGACGUACGAUGUGCUCAGAACUGCCUCUCCAAAUAUCUUUGGUAUUGCGACCCUGAAUAUUCGUGUGCCAGAGGAUGACCUUCUGUCUGAACCAAUCACAUGUGUCCUGAUAAUUGACCAAGUACAUGAUGGUACAGGCGGAGACGUUACAAUCAUGAAUGGUGGUGUUGGUUCCGAGUAUGUUGAGAUCCACAUAACUUCCAAAAUAUGGAGAGGUCUGAAGUACAAAGUCCAAGUUUUCACAGCUGGAUCUUCAACACGCAUACCAGAAACGUCAUCGUCACCAAUUGUUACCGACAGUACUUCAGGAAAUUCUUCAUUCCCUGCUAUUCCAACUUCACCC